CGCUUGCGCAAUGCGGACCUCCCCAGCGCUGCUCUCUGAGCCAACAUGGAAUUCCCCUCGGCGAGACGUGCAGUAAUGCAACUGCUGGGUACCGUGGCUCCCGCAGACCUCCCAGCACUGAUCCAGUGGAUGCGAACUACCCGAGAUUUUGAUGAAUUCACUCGAGAUAAUAAUGACAUUAUAUUGAAAAACAUAGCAGAAGAUCUUCGGAGUUGUUUACCUCUAGAAACCAUGCUUUCCUCAGAACAUCUAGCACUUCAAAAAAUACAGCAGCAGCCAGAACCCACAGUUCACGUUGAUGCAUUCCUUUAUGAUGAAGACUUUAUUGAUUCAUUAUGUGAGGAAGGAAAAAUGAGCAGAAACUACUGUGUGGUGUGUGGGUCACACCAGACAGCACCUCUAGGAUUUAUUUCUCAUUCCUUCUCUCUCAUGGAAUUGAAGUUCAUUUAUCAUCAUGUGCUCCCUGAUCUGUCGGGAAAAGUCUUGGUUGAUGUUGGCUCCAGGCUUGGCACAGUUCUUUAUGGGGGAUUUCUUUACAGUUCAGCAUUACAGCUAUAUGGAGUAGAAUUGAAUGGAGAUUUUUGCCAGUUGCAGGAAAUGAUCAUAAAAAAAUACCAGUUUACUGACAGAAUAAAGGUGCUUCAUGCAGAUAUUUGUUCCCAGGGUCCACUUCUGCAAAAUGCUGAUGUUGUUAUAAUGAAUAACGUCUUUGAAUAUUUUCUUGACGAGGCAGGCCAGGCCAGAGCCUGGGAAUAUAUCAGCCAUAAUGUGAAGAAACAAGGAGCUUUACUGGUGACAGUACCUAGUGUGGAAGAGGCUCUCUCACGGCUUCAGAUUAAAAUACAGCUCUCUCCCUGGGUUGAAGAAGUACCUCUGAACUAUGACGCAUACCCAGAAAAGGAUAUUGACAGAGACGUUCUUGAACAAAUACAUUUAUAUAAAGUUCUCUAGCACUAAAGUUGUACAGCCUCCGAGUUUAUGAAAAGGAAACAUGACCUGAAUAGCCUAUAAAUCUUAUUUCUGUAGAUUCCUUUCUAGUCUUUGUAUAAGUAUUUGCAUUUUUGUAAAUAACUACAUAGUGUGUAAUGUACAUAUAUAAUGUUUGCUCUGUGUGAUAAUUUAACUAAAAUAUUUAUCUGGAAAAA